AUGAGUGAAAAUAUUAAAGCAGCUCUAUCGGGCGAAAAAUCCCAACCAGAGUCAAGUAGCAUUGAUAUCAUCCAAACAGCAUUUGAAAAUGAUGAAAAUAACAACAUAUAUGAUAAUGAAAAGCAUAUAGGUAAAAGAAAUAUAGCCCAUAGGUUUAUAGACUCGUUUAGAAAAAGAGAAGACUUGCCAGAAAGCUAUGAAAUUGAAAUAACACCAAGUGGACAAGAACAUCAAGUAUCAAAAAGUAAGCUGGAUCAAGGUUUACCCCCUAGAAUAUCUUCUGCAAUGAGUUUAUGUACUGGUGUUGGUACCGGUUUAUUAGUCUCUGGUGGUAAAUCUCUUCAUUAUGGUGGCCCUGCAGGGUUGACUAUAGCCUAUGGUUUAGUUGGUAUGGUUGUCUAUUUUGUUAUUGAUGCAGCUUCAGAAGUUGCUGUCGCAUAUCCUACAGUUCCAGGUGGUUUCAACGCUUGUUACUCCAUUUUAAUUGACGAAAGUUUCUCAUUUGCCACUGUUUGGUUAUUUUUAUUACAAUGGUUAACUGUUUUCCCAUUAGAAUUGAUUACCCUUUCUUUAGUUAUGCAAUAUUGGAACACAAGUGUGGAUCCUGAUGUCUGGGUUUUAAUUUUCUAUGUUUUCCUAAUAUGUGUACACAUGUUUGGUACCAGAGGGUAUGGUGAAGUUGAGUUUAUUUUUAGUAUUUGUAAAGUUCUAUUGAUUGCUGGGUUUUUCAUAUUUGCAAUCGUCAUCAAUUGUGGUGGUGGUGGAAAAGAUGGUUAUAUUGGCGGCAAGUAUUGGCAUGAUCCAGGUGCCUUCCAAGGUCCGACUGCAGAAACACAUUUCAAAGGUAUUUGUUAUGUUUUAGUUAUUGCUUAUUUCAGUUAUGGUGGUGUUGAAUUAUCUACUUUUAAUGUUGCUGAACAUGCAAAUCCAAGACGUUCUAUGCCUAGCAAUGUUAAAAAGGUCAUGUAUAGAGUUUUAUUGAUUUACUUUGUUCCAUUAUUAUUGGUCUGCUUUUUAGUCCCAUACAAUUCUCCAGAUCUAAUGGGUUCUAGUGGUGCCAGUGCUACUCAUGCUUCGCCUUUUGUUUUGGCUGCAUCUUUGCACGGUGUCAGGGUUGUUCCACAUUUUAUUAAUGCGGUUAUUUUAAUUAGUGUCACAAGUGUUUCUAAUUCGGCUAUGUAUGCUGCCCCAAGAUUAUUUUAUGCAUUGGCUGAGUUGGGUUAUGCCCCCAAAUUUAUGAAAUACAUUGACAGAAGGGGAAGACCAAGUCUUGGUAUUUUGGUUUGUGCUGUGAUUGGUGUUAUUGCAUACUCUACAACAUCACCUCAAAGAGAACAGGUUUUCACUUGGUUAUCUUCGAUUGCUGGUUUAUCUGAAGUUUUCACUUGGGCUGGUAUUUGCAUAAACCAGGUUCGUUUUAGACAGGCUUUGAAAUAUAAUGGCAGAUCAAUUGACGAACUAGCUUACAAGACCAAGACAGGCAUUUGGGGUUCAUGUUUUGCUGCAUUUUUCAGUAUAUUAGUUUUGAUUGCACAAUUUUGGGUUGCUCUAGCUCCAAUUGGUGAAAAUGGUAAAUGUGAUGCUGAAGUUUUUUUUGAAAACUAUUUGGCUGUUCCAAUUUGGAUAGUAUUCUACCUUGGAUACAAGAUCUACAAAAAGGAUUGGAGACUCUGGAUUCCAGUCAACGAGAUUGAUUUGGAUGGUUCUAGAAAAAUUUAUGAUGUUGAGGUUUUGCAACAAGAAGAAGCUGAAUAUAAGGAACAAUUACGUCAUAAAGGUUGGUUAGCGAGAGCGUAUGCAUUUUGGUGUUGA